AGAUGCCGAUUGGCUUGAUCAAGUGCGGGAGAAAUUGCAUGGCGGUUUCGAUUCGUUUAAACGUUACUAUGAGGCAGCAAAACGCGGCUACGUAAAUUUCAUGGCCGCCGACGCGUUCACGGCUUCGAAAGUCGAAGGAGCCAUUCGCACGGCGUCGUAUCUCAUACCGGGAAGAUUCAAAGCGGCUGACGAAAUCUCAGAACUUGUAUAUGCUGCUGGCAAUCUACUUGGUCUCUUUAAUGACAUAUUGUUGAAGCACAAAGCCAAGCUUGUUGAAGUGUGGACUAGGGAACAAGCAUAUUUCAUGAAGCUUCUGACUGUUAUUGAAUACGUGGAAGUGUUUGUCGAGAUUGCAUCGGAACGGUUAUGGGGUGAACCCUUCAAAUGGAUGGUAGUGCUCUGUAUACACAUCAUAAAAUCUGUAUUGAGAUACAUUCUAUUGUUCAAACACAAAGCAGGCAUUUUACCCAACCCUCCCACUCAGCCCCUAAAUCGCGAACGAGAUCUCCCCAAUACAACAUUUACAUCCGUUACAUCCGAAUCUUCGUCGAGCAGCAGCAGUGGAGUCUGGAAAGCAGAGAGAAGCGGAAAGUUUGUCCAAUCGCUCGGAAGCAGCAACGGCAAUGAGAGAGCAUGGCAACGCCGACAUCAGCCGUUGUCUGUGACAUCGCAGCCACCGACUGCACUGAAACUUGAUCAAACGGCCGGCGAAGCUCUGUACAUCGCGAGACCGCUCGCCCAUUUUCCGUCAAUGUUUGUUUUUGGUGAGAAGUCGUGGAAGCCGUGGAUCUUAUCGCUUAGCAUGGACUUGGCAAGUAUUGCCUUAUUGAGUCGAGGAAAGAAUUACAACUAUGCAGAACUGAGCGAGCUGAAACGACGCAAGUGGAUGCUUCUUUUCUAUAUCCUUCGAUCACCAUUCUAUGACAGAUACUCCAAGCUACGGAUUCUUGGUCUGUUAGGGUGGCUGUGCCGAGUGUUGCCAUGGUUUUCUAUGUUCAUUCAACCGAUUGUUGAUUAUCUCCCAAUGUGGCAGAGAACGUACUUCUACAAUUGGGCAUCCUGAGCAACUUGUCAUACGUUGUAUGAUGGAUGGCUUGUAUGAUACGAUACAUAAAUAAUGAAAUACUGUGUUCGGUCAAGGUACAGGGACAUGCUGGUUUUGCACUGUGGGAUGUAGCACUGAAGCUGUGAUGAUGAUUAGCUGUAUUUGCUCGUUUGUAUUGGUAUAUCUUGUUGUUUCACUUGAA